AUGGACUUUGUAGAAGGUCAUCAUCACCGGCUCAAUUGUUCGAGCCAAAGUGGAUCUCCUUGCAUCGAUUGCCAUCAGCAGCUGAAUUUCCAGCAGGCAAAGAUGGCAUCAGCAAGCGCCACCGGCCACAAUGUUCUUCUGGUGAGCAUUGUACUUUUGGCGACAGUGUGUGCAUGCACUGCGGAGAGUCCUUAUGCGGCUGGUCUGUCUGAGGACUAUUACCAGAAAACUUGCCCUCAAGCAGCGUCGAUCGUCGAUGCGUACGUCACCAAGUUCCUCAGCAAGGACAGAAAUUUUGCUGGAGCCUUCAACAGGUUGCAGUUCCAUGAUUGCUGGGUCGGGGGCUGCGAUGGCUCUGUUCUUUUGAAUUCGACCACAACAAACCAAGCGGAGAGGGAAGCUCAUGUGAACUUCGGCCUCAGAGGCGUUGCAGAGGUCGACGAAAUAAAAGCAGCUCUGGAGCGUGUCUGUCCAGGCGUUGUUUCUUGCGCAGAUAUUCUCAUCCUGGCUGCUCGUGACGCUACAGCCAAGGUUGGAGGCCCAACUUGGUCCGUCGCUUUGGGUCGCAGAGAUGGAGUGAAUUCCACAGCCUUGAUGGCUGACACAAAUCUUCCAUUCCCUGUGCUGAACUUCAGCGGGCUCGUUGCUAACUUUGCUGCCAAGGGGUUCGGUGCAAGAGAAAUGAUCACUCUCUCAGGUGCACACACCAUUGGUCGAACUCACUGCAACGGAAUUCUCCCACAUCUCUACAACUUCACGGGAAAGGAUGAUGCAACCGACACAAACCCUGCCAUGGAUAAGAACUUCGCUGUGUUUCUCAAGAAGCAUUGUCCUCAGGGUAACACUACCAACACAAUCUUCAUCGACUCCACAGCCAACACCUUCGACCGUGCUUACUACAAAAAUGUGCUGCAGGGCAAGGGAAUUUUUAUUACAGAUGCCGCGCUCAUCACCAAUCCCGUAGGAAAGAAAAUUGUCACCAGGUUCUCUAAACCUGGCAAGAGCUUCUUCACAGAAUUCGCCGCUGCCAUGGUGAAGAUGGGAAAUCUUGGGGUGCUCACGAACACGGAGGGCGAAAUUCGCAGAACAUGUCAGUUCGUCAAUUAGUAGCCCAUACUAGAGUCUCGACACGCUCUAGAUCAUUCUGACGAACAGCUGCAGUUGGGGAAACGUAAAAUGUCAUAGCCUUCUUCUCAGAUUCAUAGAAUAGGUACAUUUAUCAUUCAUUCAUUUUUUUAUUUGCUGAAGCUCAGAAUAAGCUCCAGUUGUGGAUGCACGACGAUUCCGCCCUGCGAUGGUUUUUGAGCUUCCUUCAGAAGGACUUAAACCACCAAAAGCACUAGUGGAAUGAACGUCAUCUCCUACAGCUGGAAUGAAGAGGAAGUAUCAGAGAACUUCCGGACUUCGGGCAGGGAUUUUGAAGUCCCGAGACUAAAAGUAUUGAGAAGAAUAAACAAAUUUUAGCG